AUGGAGGCCCCUAGCCGUGACCUUCUCAUUACAUCUUCAAUCAACCCCUCAAAGGUCUUAUCACGCUUCGCGGUUCGUAAUCUUUAUAACGUCACUAUCUUCUGGAAGGAAGACGGACAGAUCCAGGCCAGCUUGUUCCAUUUGUCUCUUGUCUUCCUCGCCAGUGGUCAGACUCACGGUCUCCAGUGA